AUGACUAAAAGGCGGGAAAACUCACCUCGACGAAAAGAAGACAAUGACAGUUAUGAAAGCCGUGCGCAACCAAACGGGAAACGCAGAAAAAUGGGUGAUAUUGCUUCUGAGAACAGCAGAGAUGCUGAUUGUCCUCAUUUACCAGCGGUGACUGCAAAGGUGAAGACACCGGUUCGUCGAAUAGAAGACACGGACAGUCAUGAGAGCCGUGCUCAACCAAGCAGGAAACGCAGAAAAUGGGGUGAUAUUGCUUCUGAGAACAGCAGAGAUGCUGAUUGUCCUCAUUUACCAGCGGUGACUGCAAAGGUGAAGACACCGGUUCUUCGAAAAGAAGACAAUGACAGUCCAAGCAGGAAACGCAGAAAAUGGGGUGAUAUUGCUUCUGAGAACAGCAGAGAUGCUGAUUGUCCUCAUUUACCAGCGGUGACUGCAAAGGUGAAGACACCGGUUCUUCGAAAAGAAGACAAUGACAGUCCAAGCAGGAAACGCAGAAAAUGGGGUGAUAUUGCUUCUGAGAACAGCAGAGAUGCUGAUUGUCCUCAUUUACCAGCGGUGACUGCAAAGGUGAAGACACCGGUUCUUCGAAAAGAAGACAAUGACAGUCCAAGCAGGAAACGCAGAAAAUGGGGUGAUAUUGCUUCUGAGAACAGCAGAGAUGCUGAUUGUCCUCAUUUACCAGCGGUGACUGCAAAGGUGAAGACACCGGUUCUUCGAAAAGAAGACAAUGACAGUCCAAGCAGGAAACGCAGAAAAUGGGGUGAUAUUGCUUCUGAGAACAGCAGAGAUGCUGAUUGUCCUCAUUUACCAGCGGUGACUGCAAAGGUGAAGACACCGGUUCUUCGAAAAGAAGACAAUGACAGUCCAAGCAGGAAACGCAGAAAAUGGGGUGAUAUUGCUUCUGAGAACAGCAGAGAUGCUGAUUGUCCUCAUUUACCAGCGGUGACUGCAAAGGUGAAGACACCGGUUCUUCGAAAAGAAGACAAUGACAGUCCAAGCAGGAAACGCAGAAAAUGGGGUGAUAUUGCUUCUGAGAACAGCAGAGAUGCUGAUUGUCCUCAUUUACCAGCGGUGACUGCAAAGGUGAAGACACCGGUUCUUCGAAAAGAAGACAAUGACAGUCCAAGCAGGAAACGCAGAAAAUGGGGUGAUAUUGCUUCUGAGAACAGCAGAGAUGCUGAUUGUCCUCAUUUACCAGCGGUGACUGCAAAGGUGAAGACACCGGUUCGUCGAAUAGAAGACACUGACAACUGCAGUGACACUGAUGACACACCUAUUGAACCAUGCAAAAAGAGGAGAAAAAGGAGUCAUAGUGGUUCUGAGAGGAGCAGUGAUACUGAUUGCCCUCCACAGUUACCCGCAUUGACUGAAACAAGGAAGACUCCAAGUUGUCGAACAGAAGAAUCUGACAGCUGCAGUGACAGUGAUGAAAGCCCUAUUAAACCAUGCAGAAAGAGCAGCAGGUCGAAUAGUGGGGACUCUGAGAACGAAAGCAGUGACUCUGAUUGCCCUCUGAUAGUAUAUGCUAAAGUGCAGGGAAUUGUGGCUAAGAACAACAUGAGUUACCAUGACGAUGAGCCUGUUUGCGACGAUGAAGGAGAAGUCACUGGACACACAUCAAUGAGAUAUUCUAGGACUGAAAGAAAUAGGAAUAUUGUUAGGGUGAGUUGUCCUGAGACAGAAGGAACAGAACAGAAGAACAGAAGAAUCUGUUGUCGAACAGAAGAAUCUGACAGCUGCAAUGACAGUGAUGAAAGCCCUAUUAAACCAUGCAGAGAGAGCAGCAGGUCGAAUAGUGGGGACUCUGAGAACGAAAGCAGUGACUCUGAUUGCCCUGUGAUAGUAUAUGCUGCAGUGCAGGGAAUUGUGACUAAGAACGACAAGAGUUACCAUGACGAUGAGCCUGUUUGCGACGAUGAAGGAGAAGUCACUGGACACACAUCAAUGAGAUAUUCUAGGACUGAAAGAAAUAGGAAUAUUGUUAGGGUGAGUUGUCCUGAGACAGAAGGAACAGAACAGAAGAACAGAAGAAUCUGUUGUCGAACAGAAGAAUCUGACAGCUGCAAUGACAGUGAUGAAAGCCCUAUUAAACCAUGCAGAGAGAGCAGCAGGUCGAAUAGUGGGGACUCUGAGAACGAAAGCAGUGACUCUGAUUGCCCUGUGAUAGUAUAUGCUGCAGUGCAGGGAAUUGUGACUAAGAACGACAAGAGUUACCAUGACGAUGAGCCUGUUUGCGACGAUGAAGGAGAAGUCACUGGACACACAUCAAUGAGAUAUUCUAGGACUGAAAGAAAUAGGAAUAUUGUUAGGGUGAGUUGUCCUGAGACAGAAGGAACAGAACAGAAGAACAGAAGAAUCUGUUGUCGAACAGAAGAAUCUGACAGCUGCAAUGACAGUGAUGAAAGCCCUAUUAAACCAUGCAGAGAGAGCAGCAGGUCGAAUAGUGGGGACUCUGAGAACGAAAGCAGUGACUCUGAUUGCCCUGUGAUAGUAUAUGCUGCAGUGCAGGGAAUUGUGACUAAGAACGACAAGAGUUACCAUGACGAUGAGCCUGUUUGCGACGAUGAAGGAGAAGUCACUGGACACACAUCAAUGAGAUAUUCUAGGACUGAAAGAAAUAGGAAUAUUGUUAGGGUGAGUUGUCCUGAGACAGAAGGAGAAGGGGUAUCGGAUGAAGUUAGGAUUUUCUCUCGUCACUCCACUGCUGCUCCCACAACCGAGUCUGGUAAUAUUGGAGCGGAACCGAUGCCAUCAACAUCAUCUGGCGCUGCAGCUCACAAGUCACAAUGCCGUAAGGAUAAAGAGUCAGAGAACUGUCCGGCUUGUCCCAUUUGCUUGGAACAAUUUACCACACAGGAAGUUGGGACUAUAGACACUUGCGACCAUAUUUUCUGUGCGGACUGUAUCAAGAAAUGGGGACAAUGUGCCAAUACUUGUCCAGUUGAUCGACAGGUGUUUUCAAUCAUUAAUGUUCGACCCCAUCCAGGUGGAGAAAUUAUCACAGAGAUCCCUUUUGAAUCAAGAAGUCAACAACUCUUAUUUUGUCGUAUGUGUGGCGAUAGUGAUCAUGGAGAGCGCAUGCUUAUUUGUGAUGAAUGUAAUUUUGCCUUUCAUUUUACAUGCCUGGCGCCUCCUCUGAAUACUACGCAUUUGCUUGGAUGGACCUGCCCUUAUUGCGUCUACAGAUUCUUCUUUUCUGAUGUAAUAGAAUUCGCGUCUCAGUGGGUAGACAAUGAAAAUUUACCUGAAUAG